UAGUUAUUUCUAGCUCAUGAGGAACUGUUUUGGAGGUCUUGUGUUGUCUCUAAGUUCGGCAGGGUCCUUAUAACUGAGGAAAUGUCUUAAUUAGAGUCCUCAGUGUGUUUGUUGGAAUUUAUCUCCCAAGUUCUUCAUUUGUAAAAUAGUGGGGUUGGACCAGAUGACAUGGAAGGCCUCCUCUGGCUCCCUGGGCUAUAAUAUAUCAUUAGACAUUUGCUAAGAAGAUGGCAACUCACGCAGACUUUUCAAUGGACGCAGUUCACUUCCCAGCAGCAAUGCGUGGCAGUGCACGGGAGGCUGCAGUAUUGUUCUGGAUUCGUUUUUUGGAUUUGUUGGGUGAUUAUUUUCAGAUAGGGAAGUGAGAAAACCUGAGGCACAGCACGGCAAUCAUUUCCCCUUUUUACCGAAGCUCUAUUCUUUGCUGCAAAUCUCACUGGAAUACAAAAAUAGAUUCUGUGAGACUCUGUGGGAAGGACCUCGCCGGCUGACAGUGAGCUCAUUUCAGAGGCUUUCCUGCGUGCUUGCACAUUUGUGCUUAUGCAUGCACGCCCACAAGCUGAGGCACUAAAGCUUUUGUUUAGAAGUAGUGAGCUUAUCUGCUUUUGAAAUUAUCCUCCCCACCUGUGUGUGUGUGUGUGUGUGUGUGUGUGUGUGUGUGUGUGUGUGUGUGUUCAGGUGUGCAGAGGCUGGAGAGUAACCACUGAGCCUGGAACUUACAGGUCGGCUAGACUGACUGCACCCGACUCCAGCACUAAGACUUCAGGCAAGCUCCACCCUGCCUAGCUUUUUGGUGGAUGCUGGGAUUUGAACUCAGGUCCUUAGGCUGGCACAGCUAGCACCAUACCAUUUGAGAACCCAGGCUUUGUCUGCCUUCUUUGUCUGCAUUAUCUUCUCUCCACUUCCCCUGCUCUAGAGACCUUCUGUGUUUCAGGAGUCUCAUGUUACCCAAAAUUGUAAUGUAUUUCCCCUUUGGUUCCCAUGGGAAACUUUGAGAGAGUAAAGUCUAUAUCUGGUUUCCAUUCCAUUGGUUUUUACUCUUCCAGUUUUGUUGAGGUAUAAUUGGUCAAUAAAAAUUAAGUAUACUCUAAAUGCAAAAAUAAGGAUUUGUAAUACAUAUAUAGUGUAAAAAAUAUUCAAAUUAGUUAACAUAUCUCCUGUCUCUGUCUCCUUUCCCCAUUCCCCCUCCCCCUCCCCUUCUCCUUCAUCCUCUCUCUGUCUCUGUCUCUCUCUGUCUCUGUCUCUGUCUCUCUGUCUCUGUCUCUGUCUCUCUGUCUCUCUGUCUCUCUCUCUCUCUCUCUCUGUCUCUCUCUCUCUCUCUGUGUAUGUGUGUGUGUGUGUGUGUGUGUGUGUGUUGAGAGAGUUUUGCAAGCUCCAAGUAAACACUAUGGUAUUAUUAAUUCUCUAACUUCUAUAUUGUAUAAGAGAAUUUCCUGAAUUUACUCAUUCCAAGCCUGCAGUGUGGACCUUUGGGUGGAGUGCCAUACCCUAACCUCCAUCCCCUCCCAUCCCUGGCUACCACAUGCUCCUAUUUCUUUACAGCCAUGUGUAAGUGAGGGAGUGCACACAUCGUCGACUCUCUGUAUCUGGCUCACGACACCAUAAUGUCUUCUGGGUUCAUCUGUGCCGCCAACGACAGGAUUUCUUACUGUGUUAUGACCGAGUAAUAUUCUUUUAUGCAUUUUCUCAAAUUACAGUGAACAUUUCCUCCCACACAAAGUAAUAUAUGCUUAUCACAGUACAUAAAAGACACUGUGGUUUCUUUAUGAGUUCCCCCUUUUUAUAAAUAAAUGAUGAGAAUCUUCUCAUGCUUCAUGCCUGGUUUUGUGAAUCUCUAUUAAUUCCUACCCUUUCAUAUUACCUCCAGCAUUCCCGCAGACCCAGGGAGAGCCUGUGCUCCCGGUUGACUCCAUCCGUGGCUUUACUUAUAGGUUUGGUUGUUGUACAUUAUUUUUUUUCAAGGCUUCCUUUUGUGCUCUGGUUUAGUUCAAUAUGUUGAAAAGCUAGUAAUAAAAUGUGUGUGUGUGUGUGUAUGAGUGUGUGAGUGUGUGUAUGAGUGUGUAUGAAUGUGUGUGUAUGAGUAUGAGUGUGUGUAUGAGUAUGAGUGUGUGUAUGAGUGUGUGUAUAUGUGUGAGUGUGUGUGUAUAAGCAUGUGUUAUGAGUGUGUAUGAAUGUGUGUGUAUGAGUGUGUGUAUGAGUGUGAGUGUGUGUAUGAGUGUGUGAGUGCAUGUAUGAGUGUGUGUAUGAGUAUGAGUGUGUGUAUGAGUGUGUGUAUAUGUGUGUGUAUGAGUGUGUGUAUGAGUGUGAGUGUGUGUAUGAGUGUGUGAGUGCAUGUAUGAGUGUGUGUGUAUGAGUAUGAGUGUGUGUAUGAGUGUGUGUAUAUGUGUGAGUGUGUGUGUAUAAGCAUGUGUUAUGAGUGUGUAUGAAUGUGUGUGUAUGAGUGUGUGUAUGAGUGUGAGUGUGUGUAUGAGUGUGUGAGUGCAUGUAUGAGUGUGUGUAUGAGUAUGAGUGUGUGUAUGAGUGUGUGUAUGAGUGUGUGUAUGAGUGUGUGAGUGUGUAUGAGUGUGUAUGUAUGUGUGAGUAUGUAUGAGUGUGUAUGUAUGAGUGUGUAUGUAUGAGUGUGUAUGUAUGAGUGUGUGAGUGUGUAUGAGUGUGUAUGUAUGAGUGUGUGUGUGUGUGUGUGUGUGUGUGUGUGUGCAUGCAUGCAGGUGCUUGUGCCCCUGCGUUUGUUCAUAGAGGUCAAAGGAGGUCCUCAGGUGUCCUGGUUUAUUGUUUUCUGGCCUUACUCACUUACAACAGGAUAUCUUACUGAACCUGGAGCUAAGCUGACAGGCAGUAAGCUGUGGGUUCUGCCUUGUGUCUCUGCCUCCCUCCCACAGCAUUAUAGAACAGGUGCUUACAUCCUAACUUGGGACCCAGGCGUGUGUAGCCGGUGUUCUUCCCAUUGAGCCAUCCCUGACCUGGGUGAUUUUUUUUUUCUUGACAAUUACUCAGUAAAAUGGACACCGUGAUUUUCACAGGUGUAGAUGGGCAGAUGGAUGGGUAAACUGAGGCUCAGGAGGUUCAGUGCCCAUGUGAAGAACAGGGAGCUCACAUUGGCACCAGCCUUCGUGCUUUAGUGUAUUUCUGGCCUUGCUUUGCAUUUUCCUGUCUUCUUUCCCCAUCUUUCUCCUUCCUUUUUGGACUAGGAAUAAAGCAAAGGUUUACAGGAGAAAGGGGCAGAGGAAACUGAGGCCUCCUUGAACUCUCUAGACCACAGAUACCCAGGCCAUGUAGGGACAUUGGCAUUGCCCUGAUGCUUUGUGUACAGGACUCCACCCCUGAGACACGGAACCACACAGAGUCUCUGGGGUGAGCCCUGAAAAUAGGAAUUUUGAAAAGUCUCAGCAGCCAGUUGGUUAGCAAGAUCGGGGCUCUGUUUCGGGCCCGGUGACAAGAACAUCAUUUGUCAGAGGAAGCAGCAACCCGAGUGCUGUUCCGGGCGGUCACAGGACAGUAGUCCCAGGGGUUUGGAGGUAGACAGUAGCAGGUACUCAGAGAAGCCAGACCCUUGCAGCGAAGGGGAAGUUGCUGUGCUCGCUCUGUGUGGUGGCCUCGUGGACGAUUCUGGCUGUGAUUCAGUAACCGACACGGAGCCCGAGGACGAGAGAGCUCUUCCUUUCUCAAAGCAUACAGACCUGCCUCUGGAGACAUCGCCUGGGAACCUGAUGGUGGUACAGCCGGACCGCAUUCGUUGUGGGGCAGAAACCACUGUGUAUGUCAUUGUGAGAUGCAAGCUGGACGAGAAGGUGUCAACAGAAGUCGAGUUUUCUCCUGAGGAUUCUCCCUCCGUCCGGAUGGAAGGCACACUGGAAAAUGAGUACACAGUCUCGGUGAAAGCACCAGACCUCUCGUCGGGGAAUGUUUCUCUGAAGGUCUAUUCUGGGGACCUGGUGGUCUGUGAAACCACCAUCAGCUAUUACACCGACAUGGAGGAAAUUGGGAACUUACUCUCCAGUGCUGCAAAUCCCGUGGAGUUUAUGUGUCAGGCCUUUAAAAUCGUGCCCUACAACACAGAGACUCUCGAUAAACUGCUCACGGAGUCCCUGAAGAACAACAUCCCUGCAAGUGGACUGCACCUCUUUGGGAUCAACCAACUGGAAGAAGACGAUAUGAUGACAAAUCAGAGGGAUGAGGAGCUGCCCACCCUGCUGCAUUUUGCUGCCAAGUACGGACUGAAGAACCUCACCGCCUUGCUGCUCACCUGCCCAGGGGCUCUCCAGGCAUACAGUGUGGCCAACAAGCAUGGCCACUACCCCAACACCAUUGCUGAGAAACACGGCUUCAGGGACCUGCGCCAGUUCAUCGACGAGUAUGUGGAGACCGUGGACAUGCUGAAGAGUCACAUUAAAGAGGAGUUGAUGCAGGGCGAGGAGGCUGACGAUGUGUAUGAGUCCAUGGCCCACCUGUCCACUGACUUGCUGAUGAAAUGCUCCCUCAACCCCGGCUGUGACGACGAGCUCUAUGAGUCCAUGGCUGCCUUCGCCCCAGCAGCCACAGAAGACCUCUAUGUCGAAAUGCUUCAAGCCAGUGCAGGUAACCCUGUCUCUGGAGAAAGUUUCUCUCGGCCCACUAAGGACUCGAUGAUCCGCAAGUUUCUAGAAGGUAACAGUAUGAAGCUGGCCAGUUUGGAGAGAGAGCAGCACCCUCCCCACGGGGAAGAACUCUAUCACACAGUGGAGGAAGAUGAGACCUUCUCUGUGGACCUGGCCAACAGGCCCCCUGUCCCCGUGCCCAGGCCAGAGACCAGCACUCCUGGCCCUCACCCACUACCUGACAAUGAGCCAUACAUUUCUAAAGUUUUUGCAGAAAAAAGUCAGGAACGGGUCGGGAAUUUCUAUGUUUCUUCAGAGAGCAUCAGGAAAGAGCCGCUUGUGAGGCCAUGGAGGGACAGGCCCCCAUCGAGCAUCUACGACCCAUUUGCCGGGAUGAAGACGCCGGGCCAGCGGCAGCUCAUCACCCUGCAGGAGCAGGUGAAGCUGGGCAUCGUCAACGUGGACGAGGCUGUGCUGCACUUCAAAGAGUGGCAGCUCAAUCAGAAGAAGCGGUCCGAGUCCUUUCGCUUCCAGCAGGAAAACCUUAAAAGACUGAGAGACAGCAUCACCCGAAGACAGAGAGAGAAGCAGAAGUCAGGAAAGCAUGCAGACCUGGAGAUCACAGUUCCAAUCCGACAUUCGCAGCACCUGCCAGGGAAGGUGGAGUUCGGUGUGUAUGAGAGCGGGCCCAGGAAGAGCGUCUUCCCAGCCAGGACAGAGCUGAGACGCGGAGACUGGAAAACAGACAGCACAUCCAGCACAGCAAGCAGCACGAGUAACCGAUCGAGUACACGGAGCCUUCUCAGCGUGAGCAGUGGAAUGGAGGGCGACAAUGAGGACAAUGAAGUCCCUGAAAUUACCCGGAGUCGUGGCCCAGGUCCUACCCAGGUGGAUGGAGCUCCAGUUGUAACCGGAACACCCGUCGGGAUCCUUGAGAGACCUCCUAGGGUGCCUCCUCGAGCUGCUUCACAGAGCACCGCAUGUGUACAGGUGCCUUUAGAAGCCAGAAGACGACAUUGUUCCCCUGGAACUGGACUUACAGGCAGCGCCUCUAACCCGGGAGCCCUUCCAUCAUCCUCCUCCGCCAGUUCCACCCAGAGGUCGCUGAUUCCACCUCCUAGAUCCGGCCUACUUCGGGACUUUUAAGACUAGCCAUUCUCAGCCUCUUGAUGAAGUCUUCAUAUUGAGUUUUCUGCAUGACUAUGGACCUGGAGACCCACUGUCACUGGUGAUGGUGUAGCCCUGCUGGUUUGGGUGAUCCUUGAAGACAUUAUUAAGGCAUGAGGAAACCUGAGACGAAGGCGACUUUGUUCAAUGUCACCAAAUAUAUUGGUUCACAUUCUUAUUUGCUGAAAGGAUGAAAAUACUCACCUCUCCUAUCCUAGAGAGGGAGCUUACCAAGACCAAUGGGCAUGUGCUUAACAAGUGAGCAUACUGUAGGAAACAUCUAUCAGCCUGUACAGACCUGGUAGUGCAGCUUAAUUUCUGGAAGUGAUUAUAGCCCUUCCAGCAGAGGUAAGAAGGGACCUAACUUUGAAGUAGUUCUUUCACAGUCUAUGUUUGUCCUGGGACUGGUCACAUACGACAAGCUGAAAAGGGGGUUAAGCCAGACUCUUGCUCCACUGUGCCAUUUGGGGUCCCCCAGAAGUGUGAAACAGGUGGCUCUGUCAUCACCCUCUUUGAAUGUGUAUGUGUAUGGUGUGUACAUGCAGAUGUGUGUCUGUAUGUCUGUGGGCAUAUGUAUGCACCUCUGUGUGCAGACUAGAAGCAAUGUUGGAAGUCUCUGUCACUCUCUGUUCACUGAGGCAGAGCCAGGCUCUCGACUGAACUCAGAGAUGACUGGUACAAUUAGUCUAGCUUGUUCCAGGGAUCUCCUGGCUCCACUCUCCCGGUGCUGAAAUCACAGGCAGGUUGCCAUGCCCCCUCAACAUCUGUGGGAUACUUGGGAUCUGAAUACUGGUCCUCAUGCUUGGACAGCAAGCACUUUAUCUACUGAUCCAUCUCCCCAGCCCCUGUCAGCACACUUUGUGUCUUUAAGAAGCCCAAUCCCCUCCCUCUCAUAAGAAUUCUCCAAAUGUAGAAAUAGAGCCAUACCUCACUAUCAGCCUUCUUGACAUUACCCUCGUCUGUAUCUCCCAGGCAUGGGACUAUCAGCUACUGCCUUCACUUUGGGCUUUUGUACCUCAGAAUGCUGUCAAACUAGUUGUGUUAUAGGAAAUCACUGAAAAUGAUCAGAACCAGAAUAUAAUAUGGCCUUUAUAUGUCUUAGUUCUAGCUAUAAAGAAGGAGCAGGACCCUUAAUUAUUUUUCUCUCCUGAGGAUCUUGAAGAAGUGACAGAAAGAAGCUAAAAUAUUUUCUCCCCAUAACAAUAUACUGUUACUACAUACUGUUACAAUCAACCUGGUAAAUAUGUAGAGUACAGAACUGUAACCAUUUUAUGAAUGUUGAGUUCCUAUUAUAUAAAUCUACCUUCAAACCACAGAUCCUUAAUUUUAGCUAUGUACACGGUAAAGUUAUCAGAAGGGGUCCUUUUAGAAUACAAGUAAUGUCGUUGUUUCUCAUGAAACCUUUGUCCAAUCCCAUAUAGAUAUAUAUUAUUAUUGAUCUGUUCAAGUGUAUUCUUACUGGAUCCUUUUCUCAUAAUUAAAGGUUCUCCUUUCAAUCUCUUUCCAUGGUCCAACACUUCCUGGGUUUAACUUCUGGGGGACUCUUGAGUUGUUAUAUAAAACCUGCCAUUGAUCAUGUCCACCAUGGGAGAGUAUUUUCACAAAGUAUCUCACAGAGAACCUGGAACAUGGUAGCCAUUCUGGAAGUGUCCCUCAAUCCUCCUGUCACUUGUUUGGGAGACGUAAGAGAAUAUCAUGUAGAAGAACAAAGAUGACAUCAGUGUGGUUGUCCUGUUCUUUAUCAUUCCCCAUUUUGAGAGUUUUGAUAAAAGAGUUGUAUCUUGUUAUCUUAAGCCCCUUUUGGCUACCAAACUUAGGCUAGUAUACAUAUUCUGGUGAACUUUGAUAAAUAACAACAUGGCUGUUUGUGCAAUGUUUGGAUAUAUUAUUACAUUUUAUUCUUAUAUCGAAAUAAAUAGAAAACAAAAUUCAAA